UCACCACAAAUAGUCGCCGACCGACUGCUUAUCCGUGUCUCUCUCCCUCAGCAACAUGACUGACUGGAAAGCGGUGGCUCAGGCAGAGCAGCUCUGCUGGCGCAGGCAGGAGGAGAAGGAGGAUUAUUAAAUAACGCAGCUCGACUCUGUGCAACUGGGAGUGGAGCGAAGGAGCUCAACAGCCGAGAAGGGGAGGAGGCAGGGACCGGGAAAUACACCCCUGUGCCUCGAAGACCUAAAUUCCUGAGUGCCGCGGAGGAGCCUUAACGAGCAGCGCGAACCCCUCCAGGCUGCUAAAUUGGCUGUCACAGUACAAGCCUUGGAGUCCCAAUGGGGGACUCUGGAUCAAGGCGAUCUACCCUGGUCUCCCGGUUGCCAAUUUUCAGAAGAAGUAUUAGCAGAAGACAUGAUUCUCUUCCUUCUUCACCCUCCUCCAGUAAUACAGUUGGCGUCCACAGUUCUUCUCCUUCCAGCACUAACUCAAGCUCGGGUAGUACAGGUAAACGGAGGAGUCUAUUCCGUACUCCUUCCAUUAGCUUCCACCAUAAGAAGGGGAGUGAACCCAAGCAAGAAGCUACCAACCAGAACCUAAGUAUUUCAAAUGGUGCUCAACCUGGUCACAGCAGUAUGCAAAAACUGAGUUUGGAAGAUCAUAUUAAAACCAGGGGAAGGCAUUCUGUUGGUUUUAGUACUUCACGAAAUAAGAAGAUAGCAAGAUCUUUGACAGAGGAUUUUGAAAGGGAAAAAGAGCACUCAACUAAUAAGAAUGUCUUUAUAAAUUGUCUAAGUUCUGGCAAAAGUGAGGGGGAUGAUUCUGGAUUCACAGAAGAACAAACACGUCAUUCUGUAAAGCAAUCAACAAAGAAGCUGCUUACUAAAUCUUUUUCAUCUCAUCAUAAAUUUUCUAAGCCAAUUCCACAGAGCCAAUCCAUUUCAUUGGUACAACAGUCUGGAUUCUCAUUGGAAAUUGCACAGUACCAAGAGAGAGAACCUGUAUUAGUAAGAGCUUCUCCAUCUUGUUCUGUGGAUGUAACAGAACGGGCAGGAAGCUCUUUACAAUCUCCUUUGCUUUCUACUGAUCUUACCACAGCUCAGACACCUUCGGAGUUCUUAGCUUUGACUGAAGAUUCUGUGUCUGAAGCAGAUGCAUUUCCUAAAAGUGGAAGCAUGGUAUCCCACUGUGACAACUUUGGACACAGUGAUUCUACCUCUCAGAUCUCUCCCAAUCCUGCUGCUGUUAAAAAGACAACAGUAGACUUUAUGGGAACUGUACCUUGUGCAAAUCUGUCUCCUGGGAAAUAUAGGUUAGAAAGUCGAUGUAGCACCGAAUUGAGUUCCUUACCAGAAACCUCUGCUGCUAAUCAGAAAGAAGUGUUAUUGGAAAUCUCUGAACUACCUGUUAUGAAUGGGAGUGACUCAGAGAAUCACCUAUCAGCAGAUACACAAAGAGAAGAGCAUCUGAUAUUACAGAAUGGUGAAACAAUGCUGGCAACAAGCUCCCCAAGGAAACUUGGAUUUCAUGAGCAACAUAAAGUAAUAGCUGAAUGUGUUAAAGGGAUCCAUCCUAUAUCAGAUUCAAGGAUUAUACCUUCUUCUGGUGAUCAUCACAUUUUUAACAAAACUUCAUAUGGAUAUGAUACAAAUCCUGCCAAAGUUCUUGCCAGUAGCCUCAGUCCAUAUCGUGAAGGGAGAUUUAUAGAAAGGCGAUUGCGGUCCUCAUCAGAAGGAACUGCAGGAAGUAGCAGAAUGAUUUUGAAACCAAAAGAUGGAAAUGUAGAAGAAGUUAAUAGCCUAAGAAAGCAAAGAACAGGUUCAUCAUCUUCAAAAAUGAACAGCAUGGAUGUUUUGAAUAAUUUGGGAUCUUGUGAACUAGAUGAAGAUGAUCUAAUGCUUGAUCUAGAAUUUUUAGAGGAACAGAAUCUUCCCGCUUCAACAGUUUGCCGGGACGAUUCACACCAUUCUGUAGUCUCACACGCUGCUGUAGUCCUCACUCCUAUGGAACCAACAAUAGAAAUGAAGAAAAGAGAAGAGCUCAAAUUUCCUGAACCUUCCAAACAGAAUCUCUCAUUGAAAUUAAUGAAAGAUACUGAUCAGGAAGCCAGAUGUUCCCAUAUAGGCCGAAUGCCCAGCAGCCCAUCUUCAGAUUGGCCCCUGCAAGGUGUGGAUGAAAAUGCAGGCUUAGAUUCCCUGCCAUUCAGACUGAUGUUACAGGACUGCACAGCCGUCAAGACGUUGUUAUUAAAGAUGAAGAGAGUUCUUCAAGAGAGUGCAGAUAUGAGUCCAGCAAGUAGUACCACUUCCCUUCCUGUUAGUCCUCUUACUGAAGAGCCAUUACCUUUUAAGGACAUAAUGAAAGAUGAAUGCACAAUACUGAAGUUGCAGCUGAAAGAGCGGGAUGAAGUCAUUUCCCAACUUCAGGAAGAACUGGAAAAGGUCCAGCAUAUACAGAAGGCUUUUGCUUCAAGAGUAGAUAAAUCCACACAGACUGAACUUCUAGGCUAUGAUGCCCUGUGGAAUCCUACAUGCACUGAAGGUUUAUUUAAAACAGUACAUAUUUCAACCUAGGUUGAAGCAUUAUUUGACCAUAAGAAAUGUAUCACAAAUCUGUGAUGUGUUAAAUAUUGAAUAAAAUCAACUUCAUAUCAUUUCAUAUGUUAGGUAUUAGAAUAUGUAAUAUAGAAAUGUUUCCUUUCCAAAUAUUUCACUUUUUACAUUUUUACACAAUUCAUAAAUCUUGGUGAAGAUUCAUCUGACAUAUUCCUAACUUUUUCUGAUUGUAUUUUAAAAACGAAAAUAGAAGCUAUUAUUUUUAAAGUAUCUCUGUAUUCUAAAAUGUAAUAUUCCACUUGGCAGCAUGUACUUUUUUGUUCAACUUUCUCAUCCAUUUCAUCUGUCUCUCUGGUUAUAGUUUUCAUUUCACUACAUAUUCUGUGCACAUUAUUUAUGUUUGAAAACAAUGCUUCUAGUUUGUCCCAUCCUAGAGGGACAGUUCCUACUGAAGAACUAAAUUAUCUAUACUUAUCUCCUGCAUUAAGAUCAAAAGAUGAAAGCAGUUAUGUCUUCAAAUGAAGUAAUAAAGUCUCAUUCCAGCUACAGAAGGUCAAACCUAUUUUAUCUCUAAAUGAGUAAAGAAACUUUAUUGGAUAUUGACCUCAUAGUGAGGAAAGUUUCUUGAAUGUUUUGUAAACAAAAACCUGUCUUCUGGACUUGGCAUUGCUGCCUGAUGUCCAUGUUUUCCUGUAUAUUGCCUUUCUGUAGUAGCUCACUUUAAUCACCAAUGGUGGUGACAGAGCACUCUGGAAUGUUGUAGUUGAUUGCAGAUGUUGUAGUUUAUUGUAAGGAUAAGUGACAGAGCCCAGAGGGUGGUUCACUGUUGUGGGUAGGGAGCAAGACACAAGAAGAACCAUAGAGUUAAGGAUAGGGAAGCAGCUUUUACGGAGUUUUCCAUAUUUAGUAAACAGGCAAUUAGAUCAUCAAGGUUAGUGGUAGUAUCAAUCAGAAAUGUGUGAUAUUUUUAAAAAUCAUUUGAGUCAUUAUAUAAUAUAUGAACAAAUGUUGGGUUUAAACCUUGGCAUUAAAACUAUGUUUGUUUAUAUGAAAACAUUGUAUAUGUCCUGUUGACUUUGCCCCUUAAAGCAUCCUUUUAUGAUCUAAGAUACACAAACAUUGUUUCUCUAACAGUUUUCCAGUUUAUUCUGUUACCCUAUUCUUAUCUCUUUCUUUUUAUUAUCUUAUUUGUAUUUGGAAACUUUAAAUGUACAUAAUAUAAGAAGUCCAUCCCUUACAAUAAAGCAUUCCCCUGGUAAAGAUUUUUAUCAACUUGAAUGGUCAAUAUCAUUUUAAAGAAGAAAGAAUUCAAUUAAAAAUAUAUUGGCUAUGUUGCAAAGUAAAAACAACAAAAUAAAACUUGUAUUAGCAACUAAAUUAAGUCAACAAAAGUGCUUUCUUCCUCAAAAGCAAUGUAGCAGAACCUGUCAAUGUAGACAAAAAACGUGACCUCCCUCAAAUGGUACAAUUUCGUGGUACAAUUUCAUGAUUGCUCUUUAACACAGGGAAGAUAUUUCAGCGAUGCUUCCUGAGAAGUCUUUUUUUUUAAUCCUUCCUUUCUUUUUUUUUUAACUUGGGCUGAAUAUGAAUAAGUAAACUUGUUUAUAAAUUAAUAAUUUUACUCAGGGGGGAAAUAUUCAGACUUUCUUAGUGUUUACAGUGUAAUUUGAACAUUUAACUAUUAAUAUGUUAUAUUUGGUUACAUUAAAAUUGAAUUAAAAAUACAGAUUUAUGGGGUUGUUAUUGCUUUUAGAAAAAUGUGUAAGAACCAUUGUAAUUAGUGUACAGUAUUCCAAGGUGUAACAAAAUGAAGGCUGAUAAUUGUUCCAUUAGGGAGAGACAGACAGUAUCAGAAUAUAUCUGACAGUUACAAAUAGUGCAAAAUCAGUGUUUAUUGAUGAAAGGAAACACUGUGCUUUACUUCUGCACCUACAUGUUUGUCUGAAAUAAUCUGACAGUCACUAACUCAAAAAAAGAGAUAGACAAGCCUAAUUAUAUUCAUUUUCCUAAUAAAGAAAGUGAAAUUUGAAGAUAUUGAGUGACUUUCUCAGGCUCAUGUAACUUUCCUAAUAAGCAUCAAAGUCAGAUUAUGCUCAGGUGUUCUAAAUCAAAAGUCAGUAUUUUAUUUGCCUCUCUAAUUUCAGAAUGCUGGUGGAUUGCAUGAUUAUACAUGGCUUGUAUAUGCAAAUAUAUAUAAUUGUGUGUUAUAUGUGCAUUGUAUAUUAUUAAAAAUUGAAUAUCAUUAAAAUCUGCCUUAUAGACUAGGGAUAAAUGUAAUGAUAAGAUUUACUAUGUGAAUGCUUGUCUAAGAUGUGUAAUAUAUGAGCUAGGGAAAUAAUUUUUUAAUAGAAUUAUGUAUUCAAAUAUAGAGAAGUACUUGGAAGAAAAAUUGUGGAUACUUUUGCUAGAUAUUUUAGCAGUUAUUAACACAUAUUAAAUCAUUCUGAAAAUUUGUCAUGCCCUGAAAUAUAUGCAUGUUAAAUAUUCUUAUAUUUUUAAAUACAGGCAAUUUAUUAUUCUUGGUUAUAUUUAUGACAUAGUUGUGUUUUAAAUUACUCUUUUUAAAGGCUUUAAAAUAAAUAUAUAUUAUUAUACAUAUAUGAUUUCAUGAUACACAUAAAAACUUUCUUUCAAAAUUGUGUCAUUUUUUAUAAUUACCUAAAUUUGAUAAUGCUUUAAAUAUUUGUUUAUUUCAAAAACAAAAUGUACUUUUUUCACAUUUAACUUGCUGCUAGAGGCAGGAAUGUCCAAAUUUAACAAAGGUCUGCUUUUCAUGAUGUAUUUUGUGUGUAUUUGUCCUUACAGGUAUGUCUAACUUUAUAGUUUUCUAUUUUAAUUUUUUUUGUGUAGUAUUCUAAAGAAUCUGUCUUACCUUUUUUUGGUAAUUGUAAUCACCGUUAUGAUAUGCUGGCACCUUAAGAAAAAAUCUAUAAUACUUAAAGAUUUUCAAAUGUAUGUCAAUUUCACUUGAUAUGUGCUUGAAACAAGUCCACAUGUCAGUGAUAGAUUGAUAUAUUCUCAUUUGAAAAGAACUGUUAUUCUUGAUAUUUGUAAGCAUUCAGAACUGUUAGAAUAUCCUAUGCUUUCCAAGUGAUGUCUUUUGAAUAUCUAAAGUUGCAUAGUAAGUUUUUACAGCCAACUAUGAUGGAGAAGAAUAGGAUAGGCUAUAAAAUGGGGAAAAGAGACAUAGGCAUCUCUUUAAUUUUUUUAUCCCUAACCAAAUAUUCUGAACAUAUCUAUUGGGUAUUCUUUUACCUCUAUCUUGUAAAAGCUUUUUUCCACUUUUCUGUUUUCCUCUUUGCUGUAUGUUGAUGUUAAUGCAAGAGAUUGAUGAACAGGAGGCUCAAAUAAAGAAAUAUUUUCUGAGGACUGUUCCUAAUAGCUGAAAGUCAUUCACUGUAUCCUUAAUUUAUAAGCAUGGUCAGUUUUUAAUGUCAAGCUUAGAAGUAAAAUAACCAAUUAUUUUACUAGCAAAAUGAGUGUAUUUGGGAACAGCAGAGGAAUUGCAAACUGGGCCAAACAAACUGGCAAGCACUGGCAAGUCCGAAGAGACA